GUGACACCCGCCGUCAUGCUGGACGAGAAGAUCGAGAUGCCCGCCACGCUGGCGCCGCCUUGGCCGACGGCCGCCAAGCCGCGAGUCGCCGUCGGCAGCACCGUGUCGGACGAGGGCUGUUCGCCGCGCUGCUCGCCGUCAAGCAGCCCCAGCCCCAGCAGCGAGGAGGAGGCGUGGCGCUGGCCCGGGGCGGACGUCAAGGACCCCAAGGAGGACCUCGGAGACACCAGGGCGCGGUGCUGCAGCUCCGACUCGGCCAUCGCGCUGCACGACGAGGACGCCGCACCGACGUGGCCCCACGACACGCACGGCACCGACUCGGACCUGCAGCGCGACGUCGACGACGCGGAGGACGUGGACGACGACAUCCCCGCCGGCAGCGACGCGUCCUACCAGGGCGACAAGCAGCAGCGGGUCGCGGUGCCCAUUGCCUCACCGGCGGCCGGCGACGAAGGCGUGUUCGACGACCCGUGGCGCUCGGCGCACCCCUCGCUGGCGGAACUGAAAGGCCUCAGCCUGGACGACGUGCGGUGGUCGCGCUUCACAGAGCUCCAGGAUGGCACCGUGGACGAGGACGCCGAGGUGGAGGCGCUGGUGGCGGACGGUUGCGACGAGCGCGGCCGCCGCGUCAAAGUGUUCUCGUUCGACUCGUACGACUCGGGGGUGUCCGUGUCCGCGCUACGGAGGGCGUCGACGCAGAGCGCGGGCGCGGCCGAGGACGACGCGCACCCGCCGUACCGCUACUGGCGCACCCCGUCCGUCGUCGUGAGCGACUACUCCGACGACCUGUCUUCCUUCCCGGGCUCCGCCGUCACCCUGGAGGAGAUCGAGCUCUUCCGGUCGCAGUACGCGGCGCGCAUCGCGGCCGGCGACGCGACGGACUUGUCGUCCACGGACGUGUCGCGGACGUCGUCCUGCGCCAACCUGCAGCAGCUGGACGCGGACUACGCGCUGCGCUGCUGGGGCUCCAGGAAGUCGUCGUACUGCUCCACGUGCUCGACGCUCAGCGGGGACGAGGACGCCGCCAACUGCGACAACCAGCUGGAGGCGGUGCGCACCAGAACCAAGCCCUCUGGCUGGAGGAAGAUCCGGAACAUCGUCACCUGGUCGCCCUUCGUCCAGAACUACAAGAACCAGCAGUACUUCUGGGUGCAGCUCGCCGGACACCAAGGCAACUUCCGAGCCGGCCCCACCCCCGGCACCAUCCUCAAGAAGGUGUGCACCGCGGAGGAGCUGGCGUUCAAGGCCCUCAUGAAGGACAUGCUCAAGCCCUACGUGCCCGACUACAAGGGCCAGAUCACCUCCGAGGAGGGAGAUUCUUAUCUGCACCUGCAAGAUCUCCUGAGCGAGUUCAACAAGCCGUGCGUCAUGGACUGUAAGAUGGGCGUGCGGACGUACCUGGAGGACGAGCUGAACAAGGCGCGCGGCAACCAGAAGCUGCGCAAGGACAUGUACGAGAAGAUGAUCGCCGUCAACCCGGACGAGCCCACCGAGGACGAGCGCAGGGCGGGCGGCGUCACCAAGACGAGGUACAUGGUGUUCCGUGAGACCAUGUCGUCGACGGCCACGCUGGGCUUCCGCAUCGAGGGCCUCAAGAAGAGCGACGGCCAGUCCAGCAAGGACUUCAAGACGACCAAGGACCGCGAGCAGAUCAAGAAGGCGUUCCGGGAGUUCACCCGGGGCUGCCCCCACGCCGUGAGCCGAUACAUCCAGCGACUCCGCGCCAUCAAAGCCACGCUCGAGGUGUCCGAGUUCUUCGCGACGCACGAGGUGAUUGGCAGCUCGCUGCUGUUCGUGCACGACGCCGACAAGGCCAACAUCUGGCUCAUCGACUUCGCCAAGUCGCGGCUGCUGCCGCCCGGAGUGGCGCCGAUCACGCACAACGCGCCCUGGAUCGAGGGCAACCACGAGGACGGCUACCUCAUCGGCCUGCGCAACCUCAUCGACAUCUUCACCGAGAUGGAGCUUAGCCCCGAGUCGCCGCCCACGCCGCCGCCCGAGCCGUCCACCUCGUCGUCGUCGUCCUCGGGUUCGGCGCCGUCCUCGGCCCCCGGCUCGGCCGACAGCAGCCCCCCCGACGCGUCGCCGCCGUCCAGCCCGGAAGAGUCCUCGCCGUGCCGAACCGUGCCGAGCCUCAACAGGAAGGACACGCUGGUGGCCCAGGUCGCCGACGAGGAGGCCAAAGAGGACAGCCCGCCGCCGUUUUCGGUGCAGCUGGAGUUGCGGCCGCACCCGGACGCCACCGCCCCCGAGGACGUCGUGCAGAGGCCCCAGCAGCAGCGGCUAGCCGCGGCGCCCGCCCUGCCCGUGCCCGUCCACAUCAAGAAGACCGACACGGUGCUGGCGCUGCAGACGCCGGCCGAGGCCGCGGCGCUGGACAGGACAGAGUUGACGUGACCGCGAGCAGUGCGCCGGAUAGUCUCCUUUUCCCCUUGUAGACGAGUCGGGCACAGCCUCGGCUCACCGACAUGAGCGAGCGGUGCAGAGCGCAGAGCGUUGCCAUGGAAGCGCUGCGCGGCGUGGCGUAACAGGGCGUAGCGUCGCACCGAUGACGUCACCCGUGACGUGGCUGUGACGUCAGUGCGACAUGUGCAGGAUGCAACCGGGCAGCUGCCGCAGUGCGGAGCAAGAACUCUCGCGGCUGGCCCGUGUCAGACCGAAAGUAUUGAAACCGAGAGUAUAGUGUGUGUGAGUGUGUGCGUGUCUGUCUCUGUGAGUGUGUGUGGCGAGGAGUCGAAAUCUCAGUGACGCGCGUUGCGGACCCGGGCCGGGAGCAGCGCAACGUUUCGUUGACUUUUAUUUCCCAAUUAGACUGAAUGUGUUGACGGAGUGCGACCGUUGCGUGGCCUGCUGUGCCUGCCCACCGCUGGCUUCAUGUGCACUCUUCGUCGAAGUCACAAUUUUGUGGGUAAUGUCAGGCAAUGUGUUGCUGGAAGUGAAGGAUUUGCAGUUUUAGUCAUGUUCUACGAUAGUUAUGGCGUAUAAGUGUACCAGUGACCUACUAAAUAACUUCUGAUUUUGAUGCAGAUUUUAUGUCUUUCCUCUGUUUGAAACGACAACUUUUUUUGCAUUCUAUUAAUGUUAAAAUUUUAGAAUAUUUCUGCUACGUUAAUAGUAUUUUAUGUCUUGUGUCGCAAGCCUGUUGAAUGGUAUUAUAUUUGUGUUCAAUUUUUAUGGGCUGAGUUGGUGGUUUUAGUGAUGAUUUCCAAGUGACUUAUAAUUUUAUUAUCACUAUAGCCCAUGAAAUUGCAAUUGAAAUGAAUGAUGAAUGACCUGUACAAUACGGAAGUCACAAUGUUACUACUGGGUGAAUGUGAUCUUCUUAGACCACUUUUAUUUAACGUGAGAUGACUUGUAGAAUAAAUGGAUCUGUAUAUAUUAAGUCUCAUGCAGCAGUUGUAAUGCUGCUCUUUAAUUUAUUUAUUAUUAAAAAAAUCUUCAUUUAAAUUCUUUAUUUGAAAUGUUCCUCCAAUCUGUGAAUUAAAAUGUGAAGUUGUACAGAAACUGCAGGGACAUCAGAUAACAUGUCUUGGAAUGUUGUUAUUCCCUGAAGUGCAGCAAGAAACUAAAUGGAGCAAGACCACUAAAGUAUGUGUAUUCGUACCUGAAUUUAACAUGUUUGUUACAUAUGUAAUGUUCAAUAUUAAACACAAAGAAGAAAAUUUGUACUGUUCAAAGAGAAAUACAACUCUGGUUGGUAUUUUGCUGAUUUGCCCGAUCUGUGUGGAUAUGUACGUUUAUGUGGUUGUUGUAAAGACUGGUUAAUAAUGUGACAUAAUAAAGAUCUUUACAAUAUUUUAA